GGCAAGAAAGGGAGCGCAAGGAUGGUGGCCCAUGUCUCUCUCUCUCUCGACCCUUCCCAUUCUGCUCGACAUCACACUCUCGAGGGCUUGUCAGGCCGGGCCUUGCGAGCUUGAGACGGGGAUCGGAUCUCAGACGGGCCAAGUGAGCGGGCAAAUUUUGUCAAUUCGUAGGCGGAGCGAGCGGUGGAUUGCAGUCGAGUGCGUCGAGGUGUGUUGUGUAGGUUUCCAUGGCCGCGCUGGUGCGUGCUGCGCGAUCCAAGCUGCGGAGCGCAUGGCAGCUGCAAGGUGCGGCUGCGUCCGAGCUCUCGGACGCUGCUGCCCAGACGAUCUUCAAGCAUGGUGGUCUGAGAUCUCUGUCUGCCUUCGCGAUCGAUCAUGCUCAGCGAUCUCCCGCCGGAGCCCAUCAGGAUGAUGUGCCAUCAGCAAGGAGAGAUUACUCAACGGAACUUACGACUUCCAAGAAGAAGGAAAUUAAAAAUUUCACUCUCAAUUUUGGACCCCAGCAUCCUGCCGCUCACGGUGUGCUCCGAUUAGUUUUAGAAAUGAAUGGGGAGGUGGUGGAGCGAGCAGAGCCCCAUAUUGGGUUGUUGCACAGAGGCACUGAGAAGCUCAUUGAGUAUAAGACCUACCUUCAAGCUCUCCCCUACUUUGAUCGUUUGGAUUACGUCUCCAUGAUGGCUCAAGAGCAUGCAUACUCUUUGGCCGUGGAGAAACUGCUGAAUAUCGAAGUGCCUCUGCGUGCACAGUACAUUCGAGUGCUGUUCUGUGAAAUUACGAGGCUGCUGAACCAUCUUCUCAGUUUGACCACACACGCCAUGGACGUUGGUGCCUUGACCCCUUUUCUGUGGGCUUUUGAAGAGAGAGAGAAGAUGAUGGAGUUUUACGAGAGGGUUUCCGGAGCUAGGCUGCACGCUGCUUAUAUCCGACCGGGUGGUGUAGCGCAGGACAUGCCCUUAGGGUUGAGCGAGGACAUUUUUCUAUUUUCACAGCAGUUUGCUUCUCGUAUUGAUGAAAUUGAAGAAAUGCUCACCAACAACCGUAUCUGGAAGCAGCGACUUGUAGACAUUGGUGUUGUCACGGGUGAGGAAGCGAUGGAUUGGGGCUUCUCAGGUCCAAUGUUGAGGGGUUCUGGUAUCAAGUGGGACUUGCGAAGGGCGUCCCCUUAUGAUUGCUAUGACAAGCUGGAAUUCGACAUUCCAGUUGGGACCCGUGGGGAUUGCUAUGAUCGCUACCUUGUCAGGAUAGAGGAAAUGCGCCAGAGUAUCCGAAUUAUUGCUCAGUGCUUGAACGAUAUGCCCACGGGUAUGAUUAAGGCUGAUGAUAGAAAGAUCACCCCUCCAUCCCGCACUCAGAUGAAGCAGUCUAUGGAAUCUCUCAUUCACCACUUCAAACUCUACACCGAGGGUUACCAUGUACCUGCAGGAGCCACCUACACUGCCGUAGAGGCACCCAAGGGUGAGUUUGGUGUUUACUUGGUCAGCAAUGGUACCAACCGGCCUUAUCGCUGCAAGAUUCGGGCUCCUGGAUUUGGUCAUCUGCAAGGUUUGGAUUUUAUGUCCAAGCAUCACAUGCUGGCAGACGUGGUGACAAUGAUUGGUACCCAAGAUAUUGUGUUCGGAGAAGUCGAUAGAUAGAGUCCUUGCCGUGUUCCUUUUGUUACUGGUACUUACAGAAAUCAUUGUUCACGCAUAAUGAUACGCAUGGACGAGAAUUGGAAGGAUUGACUUGUAGAAUCUGUGCAGAGUUUGCAGCCUCUAGCUGUCCUUAAAGGUAGUAGAUUGCUCUUCAUUGGCCUCAACAUUCAAGUGCAUACUGAUCUCAUACAGCGGGUUCGGGGACACGGAUUUGAGAUAAUGAUCUAGGUCGUGAAUAAACAAAUCAUCACGAACAAAGUUUUGGAAGCAGGUAGCCGUUGGAACUCGUGGCUGUUUGCAUCAUUCAGGUAUUCAUCUUACAAAUUUUAUCUUAGAACUCACCAAGAGGCCUAUCAUCAUGUUGACUGUGAAGAAUAAAUGGCUUGACGUGUCUUCAGAUCUACAGUUAUAGAUGUUACAAACCUGAUGUGAAUUUUCUCUUCCUGUCUUCAGCCCACUAGCAUCCCUCUGAUGCCUUCACGAAACAGACGUGCAUUGUGAAGAAUACGGCCUCCUAACUCAAAGUUUCAUGUCAAGCCUUAAACUGCUUUGUUACCACUAAUGCGGCGUUUGAGCAAGAAAUACUGUAAUUGUCGUUUCUUAAUAAACCACAAUGCUUCUCAGCAUAGUUGAGAAAGGAAGAUCAGAACUGCUGCAUUUUGCCAUGUAUUUUCAACUUGAUUAGGCCCGGACGGGACACCUAGCCAACGAUUUAUCUUUAGGCCAUACAGUAUCUUAUUUUCCUACCACAUGCCUACAAGCGACUGGGCCGAUUCACUUUCACCGAUUGGUUUGAUUCUGAAGAAGAGUGGAGGUCCUUAUUAGGCCUUGGAAUGAGAUGAGCAUCGAUCAUGUUAGCUGGAGUAUGUGAAGGUAGUGAACUAGCUUCCACGAAAGUUGGAGCUUGUUUUUGGAGGCAUGAAUGAAUCGGAGUUAUUUUCUCUCAAUAUAGUUGUUUGGAGUUCUAGGAACUUGUCUAUUGCUGAGUUCUCUUCUUUUGCUCUCAACUUCUGAGAUACAUGUGUAUUCAGUGGAAUCUUAAAGCUUAGUUUUGGCAGUGUUUCAACGAUUUUAGUUAUCUCCACGUAGAUCAAGUUUUUCAUUUGUCAUUUGAUCAUUGUUUGAGAGAAAAUGAAUGUUGCUGGCUUGAAGUGGCAAUCCUCGUAAUUUUGUAUGGAAGUAUUGAGCAUUUGUAGUUGUUACUGCGCAUCUAUAAACCGGAAGCUGCAGGUGAUUUAGAGGUCAUGUGCAGUUUCAUCGUUCAACCUGUUUAAUGUUGAA